GACCGGCGACGCGAGGGUUACGAGCACGAGGAGGAGUUUGACCAGCGGUCGCAGGCAUCCACCUACCGUGAACGGCCAAAGCCGGACAAGCCGAGGUUCGUAAUGUCCAUCUUCACAGGUAGUGAUCCAGAGGCGUGGCUCAAUCGUAUUGCGCAAUAUUUUGAACUGAAUGAAACAGACGGCCACGAUCGAGUAAGGUACGCAGCAUUCUAUUUGGAUGGAGAGGCCAACGUAUGGUGGCAGUGGCUCUCAAGGAUCUAUCGUAGGCGGCAACAUGUCAUUACAUGGGCUGACUUUGAGAGAGAAUUGCUCACACGUUUUGGUACGUCCGAUUACCAUAACUACAAUGAGGCCCUCGCACGAAUACGACAGACAUGCAAUUUGCGUGAAUAUAUCAAGGAGUUUGAACGACUAGCCUGUCGCGUACGAGAUUGGUCUGAGGAUGCGCUAGUAGGAGCCUUCAUAGGUGGGCUGAGAUUCGAUCUAGCCGCAGAAGUCCGACUAGAGCGACCAGAUACGAUGCAUAUGUUGGAACCCACGAGGAUCUCGAUAUGCACAAAUCACAGACAAACAUUCAACAUAAACCUAUGCGCAGCGGAUCUAAAG